AAAGAAGAGAACAAAGAAAAAUCCAUAGUUUUAUAUGCAUCAGUUUUCAGUGAAGUAGUUAAAACGUUGACUGCAGCAGUAAGUUAGAAGGUGUCCAAGCUAACACUACAGUCUGUUCAGAAAUGAGAAAAAAUAAUUGCUCUUGGGUUCCAGUAUUGGAGGAGUUCACUUUUAUUGCUAAGUCUGCACCGUUUAAUAACUGUCAUGCUUCUACCAUUGUUGAGGUUGAUAAAGGUCAUUUUUUGGUUGCUUAUUUUGGUGGCACGGUAGAGGGAGCCCCUGACGUGAAAAUUUGGAUACAGACAUAUAAGGAUGGCCUUUGGAACCCUCCUGUUAUUGCAGAUGAAGAAUACAAUGUUUCAAUGUGGAAUCCUGUAUUAUUUAAGCUCACCUCGAAUGAAUUGCUUUUAUUCUACAGAAUUGGGCAAGACGUUCAAAAAUGGAGUGGAUUCAUGAAGCGGUCUGAUGAUGGAGGCAUCACUUGGAAAGAAAGGGAACAACUUCCUCCCGGUAUUUUGGGACCAAUUAAGAACAAGCCCAUCUUGCUUGCAAAUGGGGACUUGGUUUGCGGAUCUUCUGUUGAGAGUUGGAAUUCUUGGGGCGCUUGGAUUGAGAUAACUUCAGAUGCAGGUAAAUCAUGGAAAAAGUAUGGACCAAUAUACAUUGAGAAUAAUCCUCUCAGUGUGAUUCAACCCGUUCCGUACCUGACUGCAAAUGGAGCCUUGCGCGUGCUGCUGAGAUCAUUUACAAACAUAAGUAGAAUUUGUAUGUCAGAAUCUGAAGAUGGAGGUCACAGCUGGAGCUUUGCAAAGCCUACAGAACUUCCGAACCCAAACUCAGGUAUUGAUGGGGUGAAGCUGAGAGAUGGACGUCUUUUGGUAGCUUAUAAUACAAUCUCGAGGGGUGUCCUCAAAGUUGCUGUCUCCCCUGAUGAUGGAGACUCAUGGCAAGAGGUGACAACGCUAGAGGAGACUGAGGGAAUGGAGUUUUCAUAUCCAGCUGUUAUCCAAGCUAGUGAUGAUCUAGUUCACAUCACAUAUACGUACAACAGGACACAGAUUAAGCAUGUAGUCCUUAAUCCCAUUUGAUCAAGUGGCGCAUUUUAAAGUCAACUCGUGGAUGAAAGAAGGGUUUUAUCGUUUUAUCGCAGGAGGGAGAUGAGGAUUGGAUGCAUGGAAAGGGGUUGUGCUUCGAGUGAUGAACUUUUUUUUUUCCUCUAGUUGUAACUCAGUCAACCUUAUACUGAAAUUCAAAAUACUACUAUUUUCUGAAAAAAUCUAUUUCUAAAUAAAAAUAGAAAACUGAAGGAAAAAAAA